UAGAUUCUGCAUGAGUUUCUGUCAAUGCUGGGAGGCAGGCUUUACACAGUCCCAAGGGCGGUGAGCAAGAAAUCCAGGAGCAUUGCCAAUGUGGUAUACAGACCAGGAGGAAGAGAAGAAAGAGCGGAAAGCUGAGCAAUGAAAUCACUGUCUGUUUAGGAAUACUGCACUGCUGAAGCCAAUAACGGAAAGCGAGAAGGAGUACUCUGCAAUUUUAACAUUGCUGAAACAUCACCUCUUUCAACCACUAGUCUUUGCUUCCUUUGACUUUACAUUGCUGACCCUAUUGAGAAAAGUAGAAUGGAACAUAAGAACCUUCUCUUUGUCAUCCUUUUCUGCUGCAUGUUUCUGACAGCCAUCUAUUCUCACAUGAUAUUUGAAGAAAAGCAGAACACAGACAAUGCUGUGAAAAACAGCAAAAUGAGGCUACCAGACCUGCCACCCAUCUCUAUAGUAGAUUUAACCAAAACUUCAAAGAAGAUCAGCAGGAAAGAGGCUGAAAAGAAGAAAUCUAUGCAGAGAAAGAAACAGCAAAAAAAGCAUCCCCGGCUGAGACCAUCACCUGCACCUAACUGUGUGGCUACCUGGGCAAGUUGCAAACCUCCUUCUCGGCCAUGCUGUGACUUCUGUGCCUUCUGCCAUUGCCGGUUAUUUCAGACAGUCUGCUACUGCCGAAUGGGGAACCCAAACUGCUAAACUACAACCAGAACUGCCAGUGGGACACUGGCUCUUAUUAGACUCCUUGGUAUAUCUUCUAUCCCUGCUGGUCUCAUGCAUAUUGCAAAGGAAGCCAAGAGCCGUUGUUGCAAUCUGGCUGGCAGGCUUUGGCUCCUUCCAAAGUCAAAUGAAUUAUGGGAUAUAUUAUAUAUUAUAUAGGGUUAAUACUGUCAUAAACAAGGCUGUCCACAGCCGUAGGAAGUUUGACAGGGAGUAAGAAGGAGGGAGUUAGAGGGUGAAGGUUACAUGUGGAGAAGGAAUUUGGUCUCCCUUCAGAAAGACAUUUGACCACAUGUUACAGAUUUGAACAAGAAGUGGACACAAUGGGUACUGCAUAACUACAAAACAGAUAUAUUCCAGCAGAGUGGUGAUACUGAUCCUUAACAGUAAAAAGAUAAACUGUUAUAUGGAUAGAAGCAGACAAUUUGUGGCAACUCUAUCCAGAAUAGAGGCUAAAGCUUAUUGAAAUUAACAGUCCAAGGUCCCAUAUUCAACAGUUUCCGGAACCUAAUAGCCAUGACCAUACUUCCUUUGGUGCAGUGAAUGUGGACAUGUAUGUGCUGAAAACCUCUACUGGACAAUGCCACAGCUUCUUCUCCACACUAUUUUAAAUUACAUGUCCCUCGAAUUGCAUGUCCCUUGAUGUUUCCCCUAUUUUAGUUUUUAAUGAGGGGCUGUGUGCUGCUUUCUGGAGUGGAAUAUGUGUACUCCUUGAUUACUUAAGCAAAAGCUAGAGCUAUUCUCCAUCUCCAUUGUUCUGUAGUACAAAAGCUGGGCUAAUGUACCUAGUGGCCAGUUCUGAAAAGAAAAAGUUGAAGUGGGUGAGAGCUGCCAGUUGUCAGGGCAGGAUGGGACCUUUAGCUUGGCAGGUAGCUGUCACAUGCUUUCAUCUAGUUUUAUAAUGACAUGUUACUUUGUCCUGUUAAAGUAUAUUUGAAAAAAACAUGUAAUGAAUGAUAGAAUCAUGACAUUGGAAAGGGCCAUUCAGGCCAUUUAGUGCAAUCCCCUGCUCAAUGCAGGAUCAGCCUAGAGCAGUGGUUCUCAACCUAUGGGUUGAGACCCCUUUGGGGGUUGAACGACCCUUUCACAGGGGUCGCCUAAGACUCUCUACAUCAGUGUUCUCCAUCUGUAAAAUGGAUUAAUGUUAGGGUUGGGGGUCACCAUAACAUGAGGAACUGCAUUAAAGGGUCGCGGCAUUAGGACGGUUGAGAACCACUGGCCUAGAGUUCCCUUCUCAGUUCCCAUCUCAGCUAUCAUUACAUAUAAUUUUCCCACCAGAAUGAAUAGCAACUCCCUGGAGUCAUUUUAGGACACAAAAACAAGGGACUGGUUUAAGCCCAUCUCCCCACGUACCAUUAUCCUACUCUAAAUUGGGUUACUAUGCACCUGAGAAUUACAUUUCAAAAAUUUCUUGGAAUUCUAAAUCUGGAAGAGGAGUUUGUUUUUAUACCUUGCCAUCAUGGUAUAGUGGUUACAAGCGGUAGACUCUAAUCUGGAGAAACUGUGUUUGUUUCUUCACUCCUCCACAUGAGUAGGGAACUCUUGUGAUAAAUUGGAUUUGUGUCCCCACUCCUACACAUGAAGUCUGCUAGGUGACCUUGCAGAGGUGGGAUCCAGCAGGUUCUCUCCAGUUCCUGACAGUGGGUUACUAAUUAUUUGUGUGUGCCGAGA